AUGAAUUGCAACGGCGGCGGCUUGCUGGCGCGCGGCUGCCGAGCGGAGUGCCUGGCCACGGAACAGAGUCCCGCUGAGCUCCUGCUGUGCGCACUGAAAACUUCCGGCAGGCGAGUGGCGGGCGUAUUUGCUGCCUCACCGUCCCUUCUCCUGAGCGCACAUGGAACGGGCCCGACCGGAGUCACGGACGGGGUGCUCCGUCGUGGUGUGUGCCUCUGCUUUAACUACUUCUUUUUUGGCGCUGGGGGAAUCGCAGGACGCACCGACGUGGAUCGCGGAAAUCCGCGCCUCUAUUCGCCGCUGCCGCACAGAAAACUGGGGGGGGGGGAGGCUGCCGAGGCCCAGCGCCGGCGCCUCGUCGGAGAUUGCACGACUCCGAGAGCGGUUCCUCGCGGGUGCCUCGCUUCACUUGGGUUGGGCGCACCGCAUCGUCGCGCAGUCAACAGGCCCCCCAAGAGUGUCGGUGGUGUCGGCCGCCCGAACAUAGAGGAGCCCCCUCCUCAGGGAAACCCUCCCCCGCACACGCCGUCUGUCGCUCCGGCAGCCCAAGCGGACUAG